AUUAGCAAAAAUUCUUCAUAUUAUAAAAAAUCUAAACAUAUAGAUAUUGCCUAUCAUUUUACUAGAGAUAAGGUUAAAAAGGGCAAUAUACAGCUUUUCUAUAUAAAAAGUAAAGAUAAUAUAGCAGAUUUCUUUACUAAAAGCUUAGGAGCUAUAGAAUUC